AGAAUUAACAAUAUUGACAAGAGGUUCUGAGAAUACAGGGUAACACCUUUUCCCGUUGUUUAGUGGGUUUAGGAUUCAGCAUUUAUUGUUUUACAUGUCUAAAAGUUUUCAUGUCUUUGUGCCAUUAAACUGGUGUUAACUUGUUUUUGUUUCUUUUCACCCUAGAUCUGAUGGUGCUAAAAGAGGAGAGUCAAGAACUGAAUGCAAACAGUAUAAGAAAGAAAGAUCAGUAUGAGAAAUGCCAUGAUUUCAUGACUGAAGAGAAAUCUUUUACGUACUCACUGACACAUAAAACAGAAACUAGAAACCUCCAGAUGAGAGUUCACACUGGAGAGAGCCCUUUGACCUGCCAAAAGUUUGGAAAGAGUUUCAGUCUAAAAGAAAGCCUUAAAGUCCAUUUGGAAAUCCACACUGGAGAGAAACAGUUCAAAUGCCCUCAGUGUGGAAAGAGAUUUACACAGAAGAAAACCCUUAUUGUCCACAUGAGAACUCACACCGGAGAAAAGCCUUUCACUUGCAAACUGUGUGGGAAGUGUUUCACAGUAAAAGGAACUCUUAAGACUCACAUGAGAAUUCACACUGGAGAGAAGCCGUUUGUUUGUGAGCAGUGUGGAAAGAGUUUCAGAUAUAAAGAAAGCCUUAAUCAUCACAUGAUGAUUCAUUCAGGAGAGAACUGUUUUGUAUGUCAUCAGUGUGAAAGGAGUUUCACAGACAGGAAUCAUCUUAAUGAUCAUGCAAAAAUUCACAUUGCAGAGAAGCAUUACAUGUGUCAUCACUGUGGAAAGAGUUUCAAACACAGAAAAACCCUCGAGAAUCACAUGAUAAUUUACAAUAGAGAGAAGCAUCAAAUAUGUCAUCACUGUGGAAAGAGUUUCGAACACAGAGCACACCUUGAGAAUCACAUGAGAAUUCACACUGGAGAGAAGCCUUUCACCUGCCCUCAGUGUGGGAAGAGCUGCACAACGAAAGGAAAUCUUAAGAUUCACAUGAGAGUUCACACUGGAGAGAAGCCUUACAAGUGUCUUCAGUGUGAGAAAAGUUUCACAUAUCACACAGACCUGAAACGGCAUUUGCAAACUCAUUCUGAAAAGAAAUUGCCGUCUUCCUCAGUGUGACUAGGUUUGGAAAAAUUAGCAAUUUCAACAAUCAUCUGCGCAUUCACUCUGCAGAAAAACAAUUCAGUUGUGAUCAGUCUAAUAAAAACAUCACACUUGCACAUACAUAUGAAAAGCAAUGUUAAUGUGAGACCCUGUUUGUGUUUUUUGUUAAAGAGUAUGGCAAUAGAAAGUGUGA